AUGCUACCGUUACUGUACGACAUGAGUCUACCAGAGACAAGUCUUCCGAGAGAGUUGGAUCUUCUUAACGCCAGAAUAGCGGUUCUUGGAUGUCGCGGAUGUGGCAAAACAUCUCUGUCUGCCCGUUGGUGUCGUGGCAGUACACCGUUGCCGGAAUCGGACGCUUACAACAUCGGAGAGGACAUUUUCCGUCGAAAAAUGCUGUAUCCAGCGCUAGUCGGCUCUAAAAACUUCAGCGAGUACAAUAUGAUGCAAUUGCAUCUCAUAAGCAACAUAGUAGAGUUUGAGCUCGAAAAAGUGCAAAAAGAAUAUCAAAACGCAGUGGUCGCCGCGAAUGCAUCAGUACCGCAUCAAGAGGACGGAAAGGAUAUUUUCGAGGCUCACGUGCUGGACGGCGCCGAUGCCAUGCAAGCAGAUUAUUCAGAACUGGUAGCGUUGCAGAUGGGCCAAGUUGACGGGUUCAUGCUGUGUUUCGAUGUGACCAGCCAGGAGUCCGUGGAAACAGUCGUUCUUUUGCACCGCCAGAUCUGCAAACUACGUGGCGACCAGAUCCCCAUGGUGCUAUGUGCGUUGAAGUCCGAUGUGGGACCGGAAGAAAGAAUUAUAGAUUUACGCCAGGUCGCUGACCUGUGCGACGAGCUUCAACUAGACAUGGACACAUCAUUCUUUGAAGUUUCGGCACUGGAAGAGUUUGGGGUGCACGAGGCCUUUUAUAAACUUCUGAGAGAUAUCGACAGUCACAAAGAAGCGCUCAGAAAAAAGCGAGCAGCCAUCGACGAGGAAGUGCUUUCCGGGGGCUCCAGUGCUUUACAAUCAACGUUAGUGGAUAGCGAAAAGAGAUCGUCUACGUUUAGCCCGACAAAAGUGGCUACUGGAUCCAGCUGGCCCAAGUCUUCUGUUUCUAGUGGUGGGAAAACCGUGUCAACUGGCUCCUCUCGUAAGCCUUCACGCAACUUAGAAUCGCGUGACAAUUCUACUCAGCUGGCAAAAUUGUCAGAGGACUCGUCGGUGCAAGCUGACGACACGUCAGACACGGAAAAAUGCUCGAGUGGGGUCACUCCAGAGAAAGCUCGCUCUUUACAAAUGUCUCAGCCUCAUAAUACUGAGAAAUCCAAGGCCAAGAAGCGCGAUAAAGCAUUCUCAUGUGGCUGUGUGAUCUGUUGA